AUGAAUAUAAAUCUAAGCGACAUAUUCACGACAGCAGGACGACAACACACACAGAAGGAAGACAGAUACACAAAAAACACAAUUGGAAUACACACAAGCAUCCUUGCAAGUACCAAGAUAUCCACGUUUCCUCGAAGCUCAAGAAUAAAAAACAGGCACAUUGACACAUCUCCUCAUCGCAUCCUUGAUGCGCCAGGAAUGCUUGAUGAUUACUAUCUGAACCUUCUAGACUGGAGCACUACAAAUAUAGUUGUGAUUGGGCUUGGAGAGGCAGUGUAUGGAUAUAGUGUUCACGACAAGAGUGUGGUUGAGAUGUAUUCAGGGAGCGAUUAUGUUUCGUCUGUGAAGACCAGCGGAAAUAUGCUGUGCAUUGGUAAUUCAGACGGAUCGAUGAAUCUUAUUGAUAUGUGCACCAACAAAGUCAUGCAAAGCAUAAAAAAUCAUAAUGCAAGAAUUUCCUCAUUGAGCUGGAAUGGAAAUAUAAUUAGUAGCGGAGAUAAAGCCGGAAGGCUUUGCAACAUGGACAUACGAUCAGGACAAGUAUCUGCAAUAGGAGGGCAUUCUCAAGAGAUCUGUGGACUUGCAUGGAGUGCAGACCUUAGGUAUUUGGCUAGUGGAGGAAACGACAAUACAAUACGUAUCUGGCAGCUUGGAAAUAACAAUUCGCAAACUCUUUCAGGGCAUAAAUCUGCAGUCAAGGCACUGGCAUGGUGCCCAUGGAGAUCAGGCAUCUUAACAUCUGGAGGAGGAACAAAAGACAUGACAAUCAAAUUCUGGGAUGUCACAGAAAACAAACUUGAAAGAAGCAUCGACACACACUCACAAGUAUGCACACUCACAUACCUUCCAAAAUACAAGGAAAUCAUCUCUUCACACGGAUACAGUGAAAAUGACAUACGGAUAUGGAAAGCAUCAACCAUGAGCCUGAUCUCAUCGUUUGGUAAGCAUGGCUCAAGAGUCCUUCACGUUGCUCCAAGCCCUGAUGGAUCAGAGCUCGCUUCUGCAUCUGCAGAUGAAAACCUGAAGUUCUGGAAACUAUUCAGUGUAGAAAAGCCAGUACCAAGAAGAGACAGUCUUCCUUUCAGAUGA